CGAACAUGGCGCCUCGGAUAUAGUUGUAGUUUUAAUGUAGCAGGCGACAUCCAUGUGCCUCAUGCCUUGGAAAUCUAAGGCUCUCAUCGUUGGCCGCAUAGACAAUGACAGAAGAUUCCGACUCGAUAUCUGAGGAAGAACGCAGUUUGUUCCGUCCCUUUACCCGCGAAUCAUUGGUGCAAAUCGAACAACGCAUUGCCGCAGAACAUGAAAAGCAGAAGGAGCUGGAAAGAAAGAGAGCCGAGGGAGAGGUGCCGCAAUAUGGUCGCAAGAAAAAACAAAAAGAAAUCCGAUAUGAUGACGAGGACGAGGAUGAAGGUCCACAACCGGAUCCUACACUUGAACAGGGUGUACCAAUACCUGUUCGAUUGCAGGGCAGCUUCCCGCCGGAAUUGGCCUCCACUCCUCUCGAGGAUAUCGAUCCCUACUACAGCAAUGUACUGACAUUCGUAGUUGUAAGCAAAGGAAAAGAUAUUUUUCGCUUUUCUGCAUCAAAAGCAAUGUGGCUGCUCGAUCCAUUCAAUCCGAUACGUCGUGUGGCCAUUUACAUUCUAGUGCAUCCAUUAUUUUCCCUAUUCAUCAUCACCACAAUUCUCGUCAACUGCAUCCUGAUGAUAAUGCCGACAACGCCCACGGUUGAGUCCACUGAGGUGAUAUUCACCGGAAUCUACACAUUUGAAUCAGCUGUUAAAGUGAUGGCACGAGGUUUCAUUUUAUGCCCGUUUACGUAUCUUAGAGAUGCAUGGAAUUGGCUGGACUUCGUAGUAAUAGCUUUAGCUUAUGUGACCAUGGGUAUAGAUUUAGGUAAUCUUGCAGCCUUGCGAACGUUUAGGGUGCUGCGAGCGCUUAAAACCGUAGCCAUUGUGCCAGGCCUGAAGACCAUCGUCGGUGCCGUCAUCGAAUCUGUGAAGAAUCUGCGCGAUGUGAUAAUCCUCACGAUGUUCUCCCUGUCGGUGUUUGCGCUGAUGGGGCUGCAGAUUUACAUGGGCGUUCUGACGCAGAAGUGCAUCAAGAAGUUCCCGCUGGAUGGCUCCUGGGGUAACCUUACCGAUGAGAACUGGGACUAUCACAAUCGCAAUAGCUCCAAUUGGUACUCGGAGGACGAGGGCAUCUCGUUUCCACUGUGCGGCAAUAUCUCCGGAGCGGGGCAAUGCGACGAUGAUUACGUGUGCCUGCAGGGGUUUGGACCGAAUCCGAACUAUGGCUACACCAGCUUCGAUUCGUUCGGCUGGGCCUUUCUGUCCGCCUUUAGACUGAUGACGCAGGACUUCUGGGAGGACCUCUAUCAGCUGGUGUUGCGCGCCGCAGGACCAUGGCACAUGCUGUUCUUUAUAGUCAUCAUCUUCCUAGGUUCAUUCUAUCUUGUGAAUUUGAUUUUGGCCAUUGUUGCCAUGUCGUAUGACGAAUUGCAAAAGAAGGCCGAAGAAGAAGAGGCUGCCGAAGAGGAGGCGAUACGUGAAGCGGAAGAGGCGGCUGCCGCCAAAGCGGCCAAGCUGGAGGAGCGGGCCAAUGCCCAGGCGCAGGCAGCAGCGGAUGCAGCUGCUGCCGAGGAGGCCGCCCUGCAUCCAGAGAUGGCCAAGAGUCCGACAUAUUCCUGCAUCAGCUACGAGAUGUUCGUCGGCGGCGAAAAGGGCAACGAUGACAACAACAAGGAGAAGAUGUCCAUACGCAGCGUCGAGGUGGAGUCGGAGUCGGUGAGCGUUAUACAAAGACAACCAGCACCUACCACAGCACACCAAGCUACCAAAGUUCGUAAAGUGAGCACGACAUCCUUAUCCUUACCUGGUUCACCGUUUAACAUACGCAGGGGAUCACGUAGUUCUCACAAGUACACGAUAAGAAACGGACGUGGCCGCUUUGGUAUACCCGGUAGCGAUCGCAAACCGUUGGUACUGUCAACAUAUCAGGACGCCCAGCAGCACCUGCCCUAUGCCGACGACUCGAAUGCCGUCACUCCAAUGUCCGAGGAGAACGGGGCCAUUAUAGUGCCCGUCUACUAUGGCAAUCUAGGCUCUCGGAACUCAUCCUACACCUCGCAUCAUUCCCGAAUAUCGUAUACCUCACAUGGCGAUCUACUCGGCGGCAUGGCCGUCAUGGGCGUCAGCACAAUGACCAAGGAGAGCAAGUUGCGCAAUCGCAACACACGCAAUCAAUCAGUGGGCGCCACCAAUGGCGGCACCACCUGCUUGGACACCAAUCACAAGGUUGAGCAUCGCGACUACGAAAUUGGUCUGGAGUGCACGGACGAGGCCGGCAAGAUUAAACAUCAUGACAAUCCUUUUAUCGAGCCCGUCCAAACACAAACUGUGGUUGAUAUGAAAGAUGUGAUGGUCCUGAAUGACAUUAUCGAACAGGCCGCAGGUCGGCACAGUCGGGCCAGCGAUCGUGGCGAGGACGAUGACGAGGACGGGCCAACGUUCAAAGACAAGGCACUCGAAGUGAUCCUCAAAGGCAUCGAUGUGUUUUGUGUGUGGGACUGUUGCUGGGUUUGGUUGAAAUUUCAGGAGUGGGUAUCGCUCAUCGUCUUUGAUCCCUUCGUCGAGCUCUUCAUUACGCUGUGUAUCGUGGUUAAUACGAUGUUUAUGGCGAUGGAUCAUCAUGACAUGAACAAGGAGAUGGAACGUGUGCUCAAAAGUGGCAACUACUUCUUCACGGCCACCUUUGCCAUCGAGGCCACCAUGAAGCUGAUGGCCAUGAGCCCCAAGUACUACUUCCAAGAGGGCUGGAACAUCUUUGAUUUCAUCAUCGUGGCCCUCUCGCUCCUGGAGCUGGGUCUCGAGGGAGUCCAGGGCCUGUCCGUCUUGCGUUCGUUUCGUUUGCUGCGUGUUUUCAAGCUGGCCAAGUCCUGGCCGACGCUGAAUUUGCUCAUAUCGAUUAUGGGCCGCACUGUCGGCGCCCUGGGCAAUUUGACCUUCGUCCUGUGCAUUAUAAUCUUCAUAUUUGCGGUUAUGGGCAUGCAGCUGUUUGGCAAGAACUACACAGAUCACAAGGAUCGCUUUCCGGAUGGCGAUCUGCCGCGCUGGAACUUCACCGACUUCAUGCACAGCUUCAUGAUCGUGUUCCGGGUCCUCUGCGGCGAGUGGAUCGAGUCCAUGUGGGACUGCAUGUACGUGGGCGAUGUCUCGUGCAUUCCCUUUUUCUUGGCCACCGUUGUCAUCGGCAAUCUUGUGGUACUUAACCUUUUCUUAGCCUUGCUUUUGUCCAAUUUUGGCUCAUCUAGCUUAUCAGCGCCGACUGCCGAUAACGAUACGAAUAAAAUAGCCGAGGCCUUCAAUCGAAUUGGCCGAUUCAAAAGUUGGGUUAAGCGUAAUAUUGCUGAUUGUUUCAAGUUAAUACGUAACAAAUUGACAAAUCAAAUAAGUGAUCAACCAUCAGAGCAUGGUGACAAUGAACUGGAGCUGGGCCACGACGAGAUCCUCGCCGAUGGCCUGAUCAAGAAGGGCAUCAAGGAGCAGACGCAGCUGGAGGUGGCCAUCGGUGAUGGCAUGGAGUUCACGAUACAUGGCGACAUGAAGAACAACAAGCCGAAGAAAUCCAAAUAUCUUAAUAACGCAACGAUGAUUGGCAACUCAAUUAACCACCAAGACAAUAGACUGGAACACGAGCUAAACCAUAGAGGUUUGUCCUUACAGGACGACGACACUGCCAGCAUUAACUCAUAUGGUAGCCAUAAGAAUCGACCAUUCAAGGACGAGAGCCACAAGGGUAGCGCCGAGACGAUGGAGGGCGAGGAGAAGCGUGAUGCCAGCAAGGAGGAUUUAGGUCUCGACGAGGAACUGGACGAGGAGGGCGAAUGCGAGGAGGGCCCGCUCGAUGGCGAUAUCAUCAUACAUGCACACGACGAGGAUAUACUCGAUGAAUAUCCAGCUGAUUGCUGCCCCGAUUCGUACUAUAAGAAAUUUCCGAUCUUAGCCGGUGACGAAGACUCGCCGUUCUGGCAAGGAUGGGGCAAUUUACGACUGAAAACUUUUCAAUUAAUUGAAAAUAAAUAUUUUGAAACAGCUGUUAUCACUAUGAUUUUAAUGAGUAGCUUAGCUUUGGCAUUAGAAGAUGUACAUCUGCCACAAAGACCCAUACUGCAGGAUAUUUUAUACUAUAUGGACAGAAUAUUUACGGUUAUAUUCUUCUUGGAAAUGUUAAUCAAGUGGUUGGCGCUCGGCUUCAAAGUGUACUUCACCAAUGCGUGGUGUUGGCUCGAUUUCGUGAUUGUCAUGGUAUCGCUUAUCAACUUCGUUGCUUCACUUGUUGGAGCUGGUGGUAUUCAAGCCUUCAAGACUAUGCGAACGUUAAGAGCACUGAGACCACUACGUGCCAUGUCCCGUAUGCAGGGCAUGAGGGUCGUCGUUAAUGCGCUGGUACAAGCUAUACCGUCCAUCUUCAAUGUGCUAUUGGUGUGUCUAAUAUUUUGGCUAAUUUUUGCCAUAAUGGGUGUACAGCUUUUUGCUGGAAAAUAUUUUAAGUGCGAGGACAUGAAUGGCACGAAGCUCAGCCACGAGAUCAUACCGAAUCGCAAUGCCUGCGAGAGCGAGAACUACACGUGGGUGAAUUCAGCAAUGAAUUUCGAUCAUGUAGGUAACGCGUAUCUGUGCCUUUUCCAAGUGGCCACCUUCAAAGGCUGGAUACAAAUCAUGAACGAUGCUAUCGAUUCACGAGAGGUGGACAAGCAGCCAAUUCGUGAAACGAACAUCUACAUGUAUUUAUAUUUCGUAUUCUUCAUCAUAUUUGGAUCAUUUUUCACACUCAAUCUGUUCAUUGGUGUUAUCAUUGAUAAUUUUAAUGAGCAAAAGAAAAAAGCAGGUGGAUCAUUAGAAAUGUUCAUGACAGAAGAUCAGAAAAAGUACUAUAAUGCUAUGAAAAAGAUGGGCUCUAAAAAACCAUUAAAAGCCAUUCCAAGACCAAGGUGGCGACCACAAGCAAUAGUCUUUGAAAUAGUAACCGAUAAGAAAUUCGAUAUAAUCAUAAUGUUAUUCAUUGGUCUGAACAUGUUCACCAUGACACUCGAUCGUUACGAUGCGUCGGACACGUACAACGCGGUCCUUGACUAUCUCAAUGCGAUAUUCGUAGUUAUUUUCAGUUCCGAAUGUCUAUUAAAAAUAUUCGCUUUACGAUAUCACUAUUUUAUUGAGCCAUGGAAUUUAUUUGAUGUAGUAGUUGUCAUUUUAUCCAUCUUAGGUCUCGUACUGAGCGAUAUUAUCGAGAAAUACUUCGUGUCGCCGACCCUGCUCCGUGUGGUGAGAGUGGCAAAAGUGGGCCGUGUCCUGCGACUGGUGAAGGGUGCCAAGGGCAUAAGGACACUGCUAUUCGCACUGGCCAUGUCGCUACCGGCCUUGUUCAACAUCUGCCUGCUGCUAUUCCUGGUCAUGUUCAUCUUCGCCAUCUUCGGGAUGUCCUUCUUCAUGCACGUGAAGGAGAAGAGCGGCAUCAACGAUGUCUACAACUUCAAGACGUUCGGCCAGAGCAUGAUCCUGCUCUUUCAGAUGUCGACGUCAGCCGGUUGGGAUGGUGUACUGGACGCCAUAAUCAAUGAGGAAGCAUGCGAUCCACCCGACAACGACAAAGGCUAUCCGGGCAAUUGUGGUUCAGCGACCGUUGGAAUAACGUUUCUCCUCUCAUACCUAGUUAUAAGCUUUUUGAUAGUUAUUAAUAUGUACAUUGCUGUCAUUCUCGAGAACUAUAGUCAGGCCACCGAGGAUGUGCAGGAGGGUCUAACCGACGACGACUACGAUAUGUACUAUGAGAUCUGGCAGCAGUUCGAUCCGGAGGGCACACAGUAUAUACGCUAUGACCAGCUCUCCGAAUUCUUGGACGUGCUGGAGCCCCCGCUGCAGAUCCAUAAGCCCAACAAGUACAAGAUCAUAUCGAUGGAUAUACCCAUCUGUCGUGGAGACCUCAUGUAUUGCGUUGAUAUCCUCGACGCCCUCACCAAAGACUUCUUCGCGCGCAAGGGCAAUCCGAUCGAGGAGACGGGCGAAAUUGGUGAGAUCGCUGCCCGUCCGGACACCGAGGGCUACGAGCCGGUGUCCUCAACCUUGUGGCGUCAGCGAGAGGAGUACUGUGCCCGCCUUAUCCAGCAUGCCUGGCGCAAGCAUAAGGCGCGAGCCGAGGGCGGUGGUGGUGGUGGCUCCUCCGAUCAGGAAGGCGGCGGCGGCAAUGAUCAGGGGGAUGCCGCCGAGCAUACGGGUGCAGUUGAUCCCGAUGCCGAAAUGCCCGAAACGGAGGGUAAUAUGGGCACGGAUGGAGCAGAAGAUGGUGCCGCUGGAGAUGGUGCCGCCGAUGCCGAUGGAGAGAGCCAUGUAAAUAGUCCAGCUGAUGCGGCAGCGGCGGCGGCGGCGGCUGCUGGAACGGCCGGUAGUCCCGGUGCGGGCAAUGCCGGACGACAGACCGCCGUUCUCGUAGAGAGCGACGGGUUCGUGACCAAGAACGGCCACAAGGUGGUCAUCCACUCCCGAUCGCCGAGCAUUACGUCGCGCACGGCGGAUGUCUGAGCCAGGCCUCGCCCCCCCCUCCAAGAUGCACGCGAGUAUUAGCAUGAGUACGUGUUGGACGUUGCCAGGAGCUGCACGUGGCAUGUGGCAUGCAUGCCGCGGCGUGUGGCAACAGUGAGCUAACAACAACAACAAGGAGAACAACAAGCAUAAUUUUCUGCUAUAUAUAAUGAAAGUACAACAUAUUCCACAUUCCCAACCACAACAUACCAAACAUAACCAGCAUCCAGCAUCCAGCAUCCAGCAUCAUCGUCAGCAAAAGGAGGAGAAACCCAGGAAUCAAUCGACUUAUCCACACAUACCCCAAUAUCAAUAUGUUUUAUACCUGUAACCGCAUUGUUCAGUUUCUUACGAUUACAAGUCAGCAACCAACAACAAUCAUAUUUAAGCUAAUCCGAAAUGUCUAAAUAAUUUGUAAGCAGCUCGUAGUUCAAUCGAUUUAGGCGUUUUCCCAACAAUAAACAACAAAACUAUUGGCCUAAGCAGGUAGAAGAGGAAGAACAGCACACACCACACUCAAGCACACACACAUAGACACCUUUAAAACAUUCAAACACACCGCAUAAAACAUAAAAACAUAAGACAUACGGAAUAUAACAUAUAGAAACCCAAAAGAAACGUAACGAGAAACCAAAUAAUAACAAAUUUAAAACGAAAAUUCUGCAAAUUGUAUUUGCCAACAAUGACACGCUUGAUUUCAUUAAUUAAUUACCAAGCAAAAACUUACUUACCGAAUAAUAAUGAAAAACAUUAAACAAGAAAUAUGAAAAGGUAACGCGAGGUGAGAGUCAAGGCAGAAGAAAAGCAAAUCUCAUGACAUCUUCCAAAAGCAAAUGCAACAUUUUAACAGUUAAAGAAACCAAAAACCCAAUGAAAUCCGAUUCAAUAAUUAUAAACAAGAUGAGAUAACACCAAUUUGCAUAGUUUAUAUUGAAAAUUUCAUCAAAAUAACUAAAUAAGACCCAAAUUAAAGAAACACACCAAACCUAAAAAAAGUGUGUAAAUCAAAAUCGGGAAUCCAGAACAACUCUAGUAACUUGAACUAAAAACAUAGUAAUAAUACCAAAACAACCGAGAGACCAUAACAACAACAAAAACAACAACAACCGCCUGAACUGCCAUUGAAAGCAAUACGAAACCUGAAACAACAAAAAAAAAAAGAGGAAAAAACCAAA